CCUGCGCAGCGCCGGGAGCCGGGGCAGGGCCGGGCCGAGCUCCCGGUGUCGCCCCCUGCGCGGAGCCGCACCGGCGGUACCGGAGGAGGUACCGGAGGAGGUACCGGAGGAGGUACCGGAGGAGGUACCGGAGGAGGUACCGGCGGCACCCGCGCGCUCCCGCGGGCCGGCACCGGGCACACGAUGCGUCCCCAAAUCCCCUGGGCCGCUGGCCCCGCCGCGCUGCUGCUCCUCGGAGCCCUGCUCGCCCCCGAGGCGCUGCCCACCAGGAAGAAGGUGGUUCAUGUCAUGGAGGGUGACAGCGGUACCGUGGUGGUCCAAACCGCCCCGGGCAAGGUGGUGACGCACCGGGGCGGCACCAUCAUCCUCCCGUGCCGGUACCACUACGACGUGACCGCUCACGACCCGGCCCAGAUCCGCCUCAAGUGGACCAAAGUCACCGAACCCAUGAGCUUCGUGGACGUGUUCGUGGCCCUGGGCAAGGCCCGGAGGGCGUUCGCCCCAGGGGUGAUUUUCCCGUACCACCCUCGCCUGGGCCGCUACACCCUGAACUUCCACGAGGCUCAGCGGGCGUGCCAGGAGCAGGACGGGAUCCUGGCGUCCCACGAUCAGCUGCACCAGGCCUGGCUGGAGGGGCUGGACUGGUGCAACGCGGGCUGGCUGGAGGACGGCUCGGUGCAGUACCCGAUCUCCCGGCCCCGCGAGCACUGCGGCCGCAAGGACACCCCCGGCGGGGUCCGCAACUACGGCUACCGGCACAAGGAGAGCGAGCGCUACGACGCCUUCUGCUUCACCUCCAACCUCAACGGCAAAGUUUACUUCCUGAAAACCUUCCGCAAGCUCAGCUACCCGGAGGCCGUCCAGGCGUGCAAGAACAACGGCGCGGCCGUGGCCAAGGUGGGCCAGCUGUACGCGGCCUGGAAGAUCCAGCUGCUGGACCGCUGCGAGGCCGGCUGGCUGGAGGACGGCAGCAUCCGCUACCCCAUCGUCAACCCCCGAGCCCGCUGCGGCGGCCGCGAGCCCGGCGUGCGCAACCUCGGCUUCCCCGACAAGAAGUACAAGCUCUUCGGGGUGUACUGCUUCAAAAAAGCCGGGGAGGCUCCUCCGGGGGAGCCCGCGGGGCGCCCCGAACGCGUGUGAGGCUCGGAGAGGUCGGCAGCACCCCCGGGAUCGCUCCCACCCCAAGCCCGAGCGGUGCGGGGGAGCUGCGGGCAGCUCGGGAUGGAGAGAGAGCCGGCGGUGCCGCUCGGGGACACUGAGGCAGCGGGAGGGGUUUGGGGAGCCCGGCCGGUGCGGGGCCGGCUCCUCGCAGCUCUCGCUUCUCCACGCGCCUGUUUGCAUGCGCUAAAGAGCCGCAGAGCCCCCGCCCUCCUCAUCCUCACGCUGUCCCCGCGGCCGGGAGGUGCCGCAGGUUCCCCCCACCCGCCCCAAAAUCCCCCCCGAGGCGCUGGGCGAGGUUUGGGGGGCGGCGGGGUGGGCUCGGUGCCUCGGCAGCUCCCCCGGGGCAGCUCCUGCGCGCUUGGCUUGGCCGGGGCCGGGGCGAGGAGGGGCCGGGGGGCGGCGGGCGCUGCGCCCCCCCGGCCGGGCACCGGCCGCAGGCUUUGGCAGCCCCGGACGUAGAUGAAAUAAAAGCUUCGGCCGCUUUGGAGA